AUGGGGAACAGGAUGAUGAGGAAGAGGCUGGCAGGCAUUUCGAGGACGAUCAAUCGUCAGCUGGAUGAACAUGCGAUUCAAAGCCUCUCCGCCUCCAGAUUGCGAAAUCGGAUGGCGCGUCGAGUUCGGCCGACGGAGGUCUUCUUUUCUUCUUUUGUCUAUUUCUUCUUAGACGCGGACCACACGCGAAUCGGACGUGUCGUGGAAUUCCUAGUGACCACUACCGGGUGCCUUUUGAGUGAUCCUGCUCAAAAAAGUCAGAGCAUCCGGUUUUCAUUACCGCGGUCCGAGUUAUCGUGAGAAAUAAAAGAAGUAUGGUUCAAGCUUUCAUCAUGUCGCAUUCCGGAGGGUCAUUAUGAAACGAGAUACUUCUUCGCGAGGCUUCUCUGCGUUUAGAAGCGAAGUUGACCUGAGGUUCCUACGACGAGAGUCUUCAAAUUUCGGUUGCAUUUCAAAUUGCCUUUCUGAGCUUGUAUCUUCUGAUUUUAUGAUUAUUCUUUGGCAAUACAGACUUUGAAUGCACUGUCUCUGUAUUUUCAAAAUAUUCCGAAGAUAUGUUUUGAGGGCUAGAAAGAUGGAUCUCGGGCUCAAGCUCGGUGGAUGGAAAAAUUACUAGAAAAACACGAAAUUGUUGAAAUUGCAACUCAAAUUGUACAAUAAAGUUGAAAUUGCACCUGAAAUUUACAGUCUAAUCGAUUGAUAUACAUCAUGUCUAGGAAAAUUAAUCCCUUUCUUAGAUACGUAGGCGCUCCUUGCCUACCUAACCUAGCUAAGUAGGAAGAAGUUGGCUUAAAGGUUGCGUCCGCAUUUCUGAUUAUGAUAAAAUCAGGUUAAGUUUUAAAAUCUUUAUUGUACCCGUUGUUUUGGAAUUACAGAACUGCGUGUUCAGAGAAUAUCUGAUUGAGAGAAUUAAUGAAAUGAAAAUAAAGAGCUUUCUCAACCCAGAGUUUUGCAGGUCCAACUGACUGAUUUCGGAAAAUGCACUUAUUGCUGUUUGUCGUUCUGCCAACCAGGUGACUAUUCAUUCAUUAUUUGAGAAAAAUUCUCCAAUCACAGGUAGUUAUUUCGUUCCGCUUUCGAGCUUGUUGUUGCCCAUCUCCAGUGACAGAAACAUGGAAGCAGACUCAGAAGGGACAUAAGUUUCUUUCUCAAGAAGUUCUUAUUCAGUGAGAUUGUCUCUCGGUGGCGGGGAUAGAAGAGUUCUUUUUUUUUUUUUUUGAAGAAAGGGUCGCAACGUGCAAUUCCGGCCCCGGAGGCUUGAGAGGGACCGCAAAUGUAGUCCACAAGGCUCAGAUAUGAAGAAAUGACGGUGGCAGGAAGUCAUAGGCAGUCAGUUCUUUGAUUUUUGCGGAACGUUCGAGCUUUUUGUUCAGAUAAUCAAAGAAGAAAAAGGAUUUAAAGUCGACUUUUCGGACUGAUAUGAAGACACUGAGGAAGCUCAAGAACAGUCGAUUUACUCCGUCGGAGACUAGAGUUUCCAUGAGAAUUUUCAGUAUAAAAUAAGCAUUCCUUUUGAGACCCAGCUGAGAAUCUUUUCGGAGACUAAAUUGAAUAGGCCAGCUUACAGGUCUCUCGUGGGAGGCUGAAUUUUUUUUCAUCGGAUCCUCAUAAUUUACUCAUGAAAUAUUAUGUUAAACCAUAAGUUUCACCUGACUAACCAUCUUUUUUGUUGCUUUUAAACGUUCUUCUCCUUUUGAUGAAAUAUUCAGAUAUUAAUUUAGAAGCCAAGGUUUUCAUCGAUAAAGGGAUUAAAUGAUUUGUUUAUUUCUCGAAAAGUGUUUGAAAGAAAAAAAGGCCUGAAUUUCACCUAUUAGAUAAUGAAUGCUUAUAUAGUCGAUGUGUCACAAGUUGAAAUUUCAUGGAACGACACUCCGCUGUUUCGAUUGUGCGGUAUUUGCAUCUUAUGAAUUGCCAACCUUAAUACGCUAAUUUUUUGGUUUAAUUCUAAUUUUGAUCGUUUUUUAAAUUGUUUAUUUCUUUAAAUCGUUGAAAAAGCAUAAGAACGAUAUAAACAGAAAGGAAACGGUAAAUUUCAUGAUCUUCCUCGAAAGAAGGCGAUAAAAAGUGUUUUUUGUUAAAGCCAUUUUAAUGUUUUCAUCGUUUUUUCUGUUUAUUUACGGUAGUUAUUGGAUUUUUCAGAAAGUAAGUGGCUUAUAAAAUGGGAGCAAUGUACACGCACUGCUGAAAUUAGAGAUCGGUUUCAGUCAACUUGGUUUUCACUGCUUAUUUAUCACUCUAGUUGAAUUAUUGGCAAUCGAAAACUUUUUAUUCAUCCAUUGCUGCCAAAAGUUCAUAAGGCUAAAAAUUAUCGAAGAAAUGUAUUUGAAAACGGCAGAUUAUAUGAUAGAGGCGUGACUGAGAUCCGCAAAGAGGCGUUGAUUCUUCACAGCCACAAGGCCACCAGGCAGGUAUCGUUCAUGAAAUUUCAACUCAUGGCUUUUGUCAAACUAUAAGUAUUUGGAGAAAUUUUGAGUUCUCAAAUAUUAAGUAUAAAGUUAGCUUGUAUCAAGCAGAUGCGUGAUAUUGCGCCGAGAUUCAGAACUUUUUGAACCUUCUUAAAGCAGCAAUUUCAGGAAAAGAAAAUGGGUUCUAAGCGUCAACCUGAUCAGACAAUAUCUUGAUAGAAUAAACGUUGAUGUUGACACUCGCUGUACCAUUUCUCAGUGCCAGAACUUCAUUUCGGUUGGCUGAGAGUGGGUUGGACCUGGACUCGACUUCCUUUUCAGGAGACGAGGCGACCGGCGAGAUUUCAACUUUGGCGCAUUGGAUCCGCAGUUUUCGUGACGAACCAUCCUCAGUAUAAAGCACGACAGCGAAGGUCAGCGACGAGAUCAUCUACGAACUCAUGAAAAAGGUCGGUUCUUUUUUUUCUUGAUUUAUUAUGAAAAACUUAAGAUUUUUGGAUUUUAAUUUCCUUUUAAAAAUCAACUAUCUAAUUUCAGAAAAAUUCGAAAAGCAAUUUCGCCCUCAUAUAAUUUAUUGCAAUACACUGCUCAAGAUUUUCCAAAAUUAGGAAGAAAAAUAUAAACUUUUUCGAAGUUUAAUUUGUUUUUCUUAUAAUGAUAAAAAGGACAUAUUCUCAAAAAGUAAACUUUAAGAUGGAUGCGAUCUCUGCGAAAAAGACCAUUGCGAGAAGUUGCUGGGCUGCUUCCGUUCGAAGACAGUCCAUUUUGAUCCCGAGGCUCAGUGCGGCGAGCCGAAGAAGCCUCGUCAUGCAAAAUCAGAAGAGAACCCACUAAAAUUAUUUAUUCUUGUCAAUGCGUUUGCAAACAAUUUCCACCCAAAAAUCUCUUCGUUGUGAACCACAUUUCCAGAUUCUCUCGUCUAUAUUAUCCUUUUUAUCUGCGCAAUAUUCAUAAUAACAGAUGAUAAUAAUAAUGACAUUUUAUAUGAAUUGGAAUUGAAACGAUACCGAAGUCAUAAAGAAAGCGUUUUGUUUUUCUUUGUUGUGAGAUCUUGCACAGACCAGAGAUUUCAAAAGAAAGACACGGUCUUCAAAAUCGUAUGGCGUAUUUGAAUGGUUAAUCCUAGCUUACAAUACCUCAUUUUGUGUUUGUAACUUAUUGACGACUCAUCGUCUUUCCUGUUUCACAAAUGUAACCCUACAGUUUUACACGUUAAUACUCUAUUUCAUCGAAAGGAGAUUUAUCUCUAAAGGUGUCGACCACUCUCCACUAUCAGCACAGCUAAAGCAUUUCGAUUGAAUAGCUUCAUUGUGAUUUAAAAGCUUCCGUAGCCCAUCGAAAUAUUAUAAAUAACAAAAGAUGCUCGAAUGUUCGAUCAAAACGUCUUGGCAGAUAGAGUAAAAAGCGAAAUUUUAAGGAAAUUCGUAGACUCUUCAAAAAGAAAAUUUCUGUUCAGCUUCAGCGAAAGCGAGGGCGCGCGGUUCAAAGGGCCUUGUGCCCAAUCGGCUGGCGGCCGAGUUCCGCUGGAGACGCCUCAGGGCCCCGAUAAUAAUCUGGUUUUAGAGGCCCACUGCCAGGGGUUAGUUAAAAGGGGCUAUGUGGGGCAGGAUCAGAAUUUUCACUGCGAUUCGAAACUUAUUCAUAUUCGUCCCUAACUCAUCAAAACAGCGGUUCUCACACACAGUUCAAAAGAAAAUCCUUGAAAGGGGUACGGGAGAAGCUCCGAGGCCCCUAGAGAUUCCACAGGCGAAUCGAAGGGACCAUAUAAUGUGUCACCGUGAGGACCUCCGACAUACCUUUUAAGCUAUAUCACGUGUCAUUUACGCACAGGUCGCGACUAAUUAACGCAAGGAUUAUGAUGCUUAGGGCUAAGCACGCGGACGCAAUCAUCGCAUACUCAAGGAAAUGUUUUUCAAUUUUAGAAUUUGCGAAUUUCAGGAUAAAUAGAUCCUGAAAUAGUUUCGAAAUUAUCUCAGUUUGAAGAAUAUGAUGUAGAGAAACAUUCGCUUACGAUACAUUUAGGAGCGAUUUCGAAAAGGGGAAAACUCCUAAAUUACUGAUUACAAAAUAAAAACAAAAAUAUUAGGAAGGUGAAUCAGACUCCCAUUGAAUGAAAGCAUUUAUAAAUACGAGAAAUAUUGAAAUGAGGAGAAAAUUCGAGGAGCGAAAUGACAUUUUAUAUACCUCGAAAUACCUAGUUUUCAGAAAAACAUAUAAUGGAUAAGCAAAUUUUUAGAAAAGAAAAACCUCGUAUGGCGGGAAAUUUUUGUUUCCCAAAUCCGACCAUCACUAGAUAAUAUAAAGUUUCAGAUGAUGCAUAUAGCAAAAUCAUUAAACUGCAUCAACAAAUUAAAUUUGGCUCGAUUUACCAGGAAACCGGUUUCAAACUGCGUCAGGAACUGGAAUAAUAACUUUUAUUAUUAACUGAUUAAAAUUAAAACUACCGUUUCACGAAAUAGAGCGACGCUAUUUCAUGUCGCGAAACAGAUGUCAAAAUUUUGAAAGAAGUGGGACUAGAAAAAGUCAUCAGCUCUUUACGAGAAAAUAGUUAGAUCUGAAACCGGUUUAGAUGCGCAAUUAAAAGCUCCACAGAGAUGUACCCAUAGAGGCGGAUCACGCAAAUGCAGAAAUAGAAAAAGUAGCAAUGAGUAGAAGAAAUUCAAUGCAUCAGAAACCAUGAGGAAGGGCGCAAUAAUGCGCACACGGAUAAUGACCGCUGGGACCCAAAAUUUCGCAUCAUUGCGCGGAACACCGUGAUACUCUGAGCCAUCUCGGAGGUACUUUAGAAGUCUCUCUCAAGCCCCUCACAUUUCGCUCAAAAUCUUUCCCGAUUCGACAUGUUUUCCUUGCAGGAGCUAAACUUUUCUUAGGAAUUCGGUAGCCUAUAUGAGACAAAAAGCCAAAAAGAUAAGGAAACUACUGAAGCCGCGCACGAUAGAGCGCCUGAGGGCGUCGCGCACGCCAUGCGCGUUUCUUCCGGAAAGAAAUUGAAAUAACGGAAAUUUCCUCGCUGUGUUUGCAGCUUUUCAAACUCACAGUAUCCAUUGUCAUACGCGCAUUUACGGUGCAAUUGUUUUCUCGAGUUCAAGCUCCUAGGGCGUAUGCACAUUUCGAAAAUUCAUCAUUUGUUUCGAAAGUUUUGAGUUUAACUCUAGUUUGAAUUUGCUCCAAGUUGAUGGAAGCAGGAAAAUAUCUUCUGAAAUUUUAUAAAUAUAAUUGUUUGCGUGGUGAGUAUAUAUUUAUAUUUCAGAGAGAGAGCAUCCGUGAUUUUUCGCUGAAAUGCCCAAUGUUUUGUGUGAAGAGUUACAGACAGAAGGGACUUCAGGCAGACUCAAGGGAAGCUCGAAGGAGACGCUACGAGGAAUGUGUCAUUCCGGGAGGUUGAGUAGUUUUGAGAACUAAUAUACUUAGAUCAAACAAUGAGUUUAUGAUGAUAAUAAACUGUGAGUCUGGUGGUGGUCUCCAACUGCUGGUAGAGCUCAGGAAAUAAUUUCGCAAAGUCAAAGCCUUUGUCAGGAGUGCCUUUCCAGAAGAUGUCAUGCUACGCGCAGUUCGGGUUAGUCCUCAUUUUGCUUCUGGAUGAGAAAUAUGUAACAAUAUAUAUAGUGUUUAGUUGUGUAUUUCUGUCAAAACUUCGCAAGCAUGCAGAAAGCAAACCAACACUGAUGACAAUGCGUCUCAAAUUUUUACAAGGACGUCAUUAACUACGGUCUUGGACAACCGAAAAUCAGCCCAUAGUUGAGGAAAGAAUCCAUCGAGAUAAAGGUUUUGAUAGGGAUAUCAGAGGACGUCAACAGGUUAGCUCGAAAUUAACAAAAGUUAAUACAAAGAAUCUUCCUUGCAGAGACAGGUUAAAUAGAGUAGCAGAUUAAAUGUAUUAGCCGGUUUAAAAUAGAAACGUUCAGGUUUCAUUCAACAGAUUGCCCGAAACCGACAAAAGCUGACAGCAACGUGGUUGAUAAAAGAGGAGAGUGAUCUUCAAAAGUUAGUUUGCAUUUUCACAUCUCUUUUGUUAUUCUCUAACUUUAUGCGGGUGCAUAAAGGCCGCCACAACUCUUUCCUCUGACCCUACGUUAUUUCGUCGUUUUCUCAUGCAGCUAGACAACGACGAGAAUAGAAUCUGUCAGAGAAAGAGUUUCUUGCAGUUUUAAUGACGCCUCAUCAGAAGUUAAUGCACAGAUGUUUACUAACGAUCCUAUGGUCUCUUGUAAAAGGAGGCCCACCCAGGGCCCUAACUCCAAACCUUAUCGGGGUCGAAAAUCUGUAUUUAGAGGGUCCCUAUAGGAGAUUAGUUGAAAGCAGGAUCAGAGUUUGGCAGAGCAGACAGUUAAAAGAAAUUUACGGGCCCUGAACUGUUUGAGGGGUUCAAGGGAGAAGUCAAAACCCCGUCAGGCGCCCUAAAAUUUUCUUAGAAGCUGUACUCUUUGAAUCGACCAAUCAGGGCCACUCCAAGAAUCUCUGGUUCUUUUUCGCAGCUCUUUCACAAAGCCUUCCCAUUUCGGAGCAAUCCCGAAGAUCUCAUUCAUGAUCCUACAGCUUUCCGUUAGUUUAUCUGGCCUGUAGCCGUCAGCAUUCGAAUCUUUUUGACGGGUCGCUAUAACGCUGGGAAUACGUGCUGGUUCAACGCUGCGUUUGACUCAGAGUUUCUGAGAAAUAAUCUCUCGAUCUUUACGAUUGUAUUUGGAACCUUAGAUCAUCUCGUCCUAAUGAAUCUUGUUUGAAAACACAAAAAUUUGCAGAUCCUCUUUCAGAUCCCACGGUUUCGAUACUCUCGUUUUAUGCAGUGGUUCCUAUGAGUUAUUUCACAAGAUUCGUCAAGAACGAUUGACGAAAUAGCACCGAGUGAGUUUCUAUGUCGAGAUGAUUAAUGAGUGAAAAGCUUGAUUGUGAGUUGCUUCUCUGGGAGAAGUUUUGUCCUAGAGAAUUUUCAGGCUGCGGUGAAAAUUUUGCAGGAGAGCAUUAUAGAAGAGUGGGAGUGUUUCUAUUUAUAAACUGCAUCAGAAACAUAAUCAACAUGAAAAAGUCGGAAUAGGGGAAAGAAAGCAGCAUAUUUCUCAGUUUUUACAGGAGAGUGUGCUGAGUCGCGACCUAUUGGUACAAUUGCGACGACUCUUCGCCGAGAUGGAGUUUUCAAAGAUGCCAAUACAUUGAAGCUUCGUCGGUAUUGGUGGUGAUCGAGGCUCUGGGAAAAGAGUGCUCAACUGAACGCGUUCGAGUCGGCCAGCAACAGGUAACAUGACUCUUUCGAAUAUUAAUCAAAACUUCUGAAGGACGUCGCUGAGAGCUUCAUCCGACUCUUUGACUGGAUCGAGCAGCGCCAUGCAGAAGGCUCUGGAGGACAGGCUGCGGCCAGAGUCCAUCAGAAUCUCGCCGACGGCUUCAGACGACUGGAUUCCAGUAAGGACCUUCCUACUCACCUUUUCAACUAAGCUUCUACAGAUCAGUUUCCCAGCCGUCAGCUCAUCGGAGCUGCCAUUCGGCGCCGACAUUCCUCCGCCCUCCAUACGCCGGACUCCCGGCAAAGGCGCAAAUAUUCAUUCUGCCGCCUUCUGA